UACUACUUCAUAUUAUACAAGUUACAAAAACCAUAUUCGCAAGUUGGAUGUUUAUGUUCCAUAAAAGUACCUAUACCUAAGUGAUUCUAGUGUGGUAGAAAAAAAAUUAUAAUAUGAUUGGUACAAGAAAGGGUCCGACGAUAGUAACUCCACUUAUAGAGAAGAUCAAGAGAUAUUUGAAAUGUGAUGACUUUUUUGUAGUACUAACUUUAAUAUAGAAUUCGAAUUCAACGGAUGGUAACAUAGAGGGGACUUAAAAUACCAGCCACGAUCAACUACAUUAUAUAUGGCUAACUCUGCACGAUUUUAUCUAAAUAAAACGUGUUUUGAUGUCAUACAUUUUUCAAAUAGGAAUACUACCAUGCGUUUACCAAUUCAAAAUUCUUGACUGAUUCGGUAGCACAAUAUAGAAUCGCAACAACAGUUAGCACGUCCGACAAGAUGGCCAGAAAGUGUCUGUGACAGGACUAACAUAAACAAUAAGCUUGACGACACAGACUAUUCAUGAACCUUUUGAGAAUUUUAUCUAAAAAGUGUUGAUAAGAUUAUUCCAUUAUGCCAUUUACAGAAUUGCUUUAUCUGGAAGAACAGGAAAAUACUCGCUCAUUAUUGACGAAGAUGAGUCCUCAAGAGAGAAAAUUGUCAUACAGACGUCUAAUAGACAAAGACAUGAUUGGUAUACUAACUAUUAUAGAGAAAACUGGAGAUACUGGAUUGUCUGCUGCUAGUAAGCUACAAGAUGUGGUCCAUGAAGCAAAUGUGUUGGAUAAUGAAUGCAAAAUUGAUGAGAGGAUAGAGCAUUCAGAUGAAACAUUACUAGAUUGCAUGGUGAUAUCAUCCUCAAGCAGCUUGUUGAAAAAGUUUGUUGAACAUGUGGAUGUAUUUACUACCAAUUAUGAACAAACAGAGUUUGCAGCUAACAUUCAAACUUUCAUCAAAGGUGAGAAUAGUUAUGAAAUCCAGGAGACUGAUAUCUUGAUGCUUAUAGAUGACGCUAGGACUAUCAUACCUCAGUUUCCUGCUUUUAAUUAUGUUUAUGGUUCCUACAGCAUGGAACAAAUUCCACAACCAAAACCAAGAAAACAAAGAGAGAUUAUACCUAGGGAACGUAAUAAGCAGGCACCUCAGAAAAAACAACCAGAAAAAAUUCAAAAUGUUGAAAAAGAAGAAGAAGGAAUUCAAGAAAUUGUCAAGUUGAUGAAUGAUGUACUUAACACAAAAUGCAGUCAGAAUAAUGGGAAGCCAAUAAAGUAUUAUGAUUACAUUAUAGAUACCGAUAGCUUUGCAAAUACUUUGGAGAAUAUGUUCUAUUUUGCAUUCUUGAUAAGAGAUGGGUUGGCACAUAUUGACUUAAAUAGUAAAGGUGAACCACUGAUCAAAUCUAUGAAAAAUCAAACAUUAACAGAGUUUCGAGCUACAGGAGGUGUGAAUGCUCAGAUAAUUUCAAACAUUACUAUGGAACAAUGGAGGAGGUUCAAAAGACCUGGCUAUAUUCAACAGUAUAAACAGGCUUGUGUGCAGUGAUCUAAAAACAAGUCAAAAGUGUAUGGUGUACAGAAUUAUAUAUUUUUAUGUUUGUGUUUUUAAAAAUAAAAAAAAAAUUGUCUGUUGUGUCUUAC